AUGAAGGAGAGGGUGAAGCUGUACAUGAACAUCAUGCUACCGGCGAACUUACGCAUCCCCAGCGACGAGCUAAGGGGAGAAGUCCGUGAUCAUGCUCAUGAAAAGAAAGAGGAGCACGAACAUCAGGGUAACAUAAUGCUGAAGAUGACAGUGAACGUCAUCAUAGAUGGGCACAUCAACAAGAACGAGCUGGACGACAUGAUCGAGGUGAACGGCGUGAACGUAGAGAGGGACACCUACGUAACUAGAGUCAUGUACAUCAAUAGGGUCGUGAACGUGUACGGGAUGACGGGUUUACCCAGCUACUUGGGCAUGCUCGUGGGCAAGUACUACUUCGACAUCGGGGGUCUCUACUUACCGAUGCACCUCUACAAGCGUAACAUCACGGACGAUUUCGAGAUCACGAUAAGUUCUGGGCGAUCAUCCUCAACAGGUUGA